AGGCAAAAAUUCUAAGCUGGUUAGUUUUAAGAAACAGCAGACUUGGAAGUUCCGAAAACAGUGAGGCCCCAGAUGGCUUCCACCAGCCCACUAGCAAGAGCAUGGCAGCCGUCCCCUCGAGCUGCUCGCUCAUGGCCACCCACCUGGGUUCCACAUGCAGUAACAGCUCUUACAGAAGUGCCAAGUACCCUGGGGAAGCCAUCGCCCACCACCCUGCUGCUAUUUCGGAAAGUCCACUCUCCCAUUCAUGGCCACAGUGUUGGAGUCCCCCUGGCACUCGCAAUCUCCCCAGGCCUCCAGAAGCAUGA